CGGCGGCUCGGCCAGGCGGUGGAAACGGGUGGCGAAGGACAGCAGCGUCACCAAGGCCAGCAGGGCCCACCGGCCGGCCGCCUCGAAGCGCCGUGAGCCCCGGCCCAUCCUCUAUUCCUAUUUCCGAAGCUCCUGCUCAUGGAGAGUUCGAAUUGCUCUGGCCUUGAAAGGCAUUGACUAUGAGACGGUGCCCAUCAAUCUCAUAAAGGAUGGGGGCCAACAGUUCUCUAAGGACUUCCAGGCACUGAAUCCCAUGAAGCAGGUGCCAGCCCUGAAGAUUGAUGGAAUCACCAUUCACCAGUCAGUGAGUGCAGGGCCUGGGGGAGGGCCCUCAUGAGAGUAGUGCCCUGAAUGAGAGCACCUGACAUCUCUUCCUCGCCUGUGUAUGGUCAAGGUGCCUAGCACAUAGGAGAGGCUCAAUACAAGGCUCGUGGGGAGGGUGGGAGGUUGUUUAGGAAAAUAAAGGAAGAUUCAAGCACAUGGAGAACCAAGUUCCGCAGGAUAAGGUCCAAAAUGGCUUUAUAGGGCUUGAGCUGAGGAGGUGGGGGGAAGAGGUGUAGUGAUGGUGCUGGAAGAGGAGGAGGAGGAGUUUGCUGGCCCUGUCCCCUCUGGCCUAGGGGUCCUGGGCCCUGUCCCUGCCUCACUGCUCCCCUCUGGACAGCUGGCCAUCAUUGAGUAUCUAGAGGAGACGCGUCCCACUCCGCGACUUCUGCCUCAGGACCCAAAGAAGAGGGCCAGCGUGCGUAUGAUUUCUGACCUCAUUGCUGGUGGCAUCCAGCCCCUGCAGAACCUGUCUGUCCUGAAGCAAGUGGAAGAGAAGUUCCAGCUGACCUGGGCCCAGAAUGCCAUCAUUUCUGGAUUUAACGCCCUGGAGCAGAUCCUACAGAGCACAGCAGGCACAUACUGUGUAGGAGAUGAGGUGACCAUGGCUGAUCUGUGCUUGGUGCCUCAGGUGGCAAAUGCUGAAAGAUUCAAGGUGGAUUGCACCCCCUACCCUACCAUCAGCUCCAUAAACAAGAGGCUGCUGGUCCUGGAGGCCUUCCAGGUGACUCACCCCUGUCGGCAGCCAGAUACACCCACCGAGCUGAGGGCCUAGCUCCCAAAUCCUGCCCCGUUGGCACAGGGCCACAGGAGCAGAAGCUGGGUGGGCUGAAGAGGCCUGGAAACAAGUGAGUUAAUUGAGGAGACAGGAGACUCGAACUCUAGCCCUGGAUCUGCCUUCCUGCUGAAACUUGUUCCCCCUCAGUCCGCUCAUCUGUCAAAUGCAUGUGGGGUUGGGUAGGAAGAUGCUGGGAGCAGCGGGGCAGGAAUACUGUUAUCUAUGUGAUGGGGCAGUCGUGAAGCUGAGAUGAGAAUUGGAUUAAAAUGCCUGGCAUGCUCACCAUAACACCA